UGAGGGCGGCGGGUCCGGCGGGUCCCGGCGGUGCCGGCCGAUCCCGGCGCGGCCGCACGAUGUGGUUCGGCGGGGCCGUGCCCGCCGCCAUCGCCGCCGCCAAGGAGCGCGGCUCCGUCUUCGUCGUGUUCGUGGCAGGUGAAGAUGAACAAUCUACUGAGAUGGCUGCAAGGUGGGAAGAUGAGAAGGUGACUGAGGCUGCCUCAGAUGGGUUUGUUGCCAUUAAAAUCGACACCAAAAGUGAAGCGUGCCUGCAGUUCUCUCAAAUUUACCCCGUGGUGUGCGUUCCAUCCAGCUUUUUCAUAGGAGACAAUGGAAUCCCUUUGGAAGUCAUUGCUGGCAGUGUUUCUGUGGAAGAGCUUGUUACCAGGAUCCACAAAGUUAAACAGAUGCACGCGGGGAAAGGGCGGCCUUUGGAAAAUGGCACUCAGUCACCUGCCCCCCAUCCCUCCUCCCAGUGUGAUGGUGCUCCAGAAAAUACACAGUCCAGGGCAGCAGAGUCUUGUAACUCCUCUGAGCCUGCUGUGCCUGACACAGCCAGACCUUCCACCAGUAAUGGUGGAGCAAACUGUGGUGCAGCAAGCCAGGAAGCAACUAAUUCUGCAGAUGAGCAAGUGAGUGAUGCUCAGCCUGUGAAUGAUCUUACUCUCAAGGUAGAAAGAUUAACGAAAAAGCUGGAAGAGAGGCGGGAAGAGAAAAGGAAAGAAGAAGAACAGAAAGAAAUUAAGAAAGAAAUUGAAAGGAGAAAAACUGGCAAAGAAAUGCUGGAGUACAAGAGACGACAGGAAGAGGAGAUGACCAAACGGAUGUUGGAGGAGAGGAACAGAGAGAAGGCUGAGGAGAAGGCGGCCAGAGAGCGCAUCAGGCAGCAGAUUGCGAUGGACCGUGCUGAGCGAGCAGCUCGCUUUGCAAAAUCCAAGGAAGAGGCAGAGGCUGCAAAAGCUGCAGCUCUUCAGGCCAAACAGGCUGAAAUAGAGGCCAGGAAAGAAGCAGCUCAAAGGGAGAGAAGUGCAAUAGCCAGGAUCCAGUUCCGCCUGCCGGAUGGAUCUUCCUUCACCAACCAGUUCCCAUCGGAAGCGCGGCUGGAAGAAGCAAGGCAGUUUGCUGCACAGACGGUUGGUAACACUUACGGCAAUUUCUCCCUGGCGACAAUGUUUCCCAGGAGGGAGUUCACCAAAGAAGAUUACGGGAAGAAGUUACUGGACCUGGAGCUAGCACCCAGUGCUUCGGUGGUGUUGCUGCCGGCUGGAAGACCUGCUACUUCCGUUGUCCAGGCCUCAGGCAGCGACCUGUGGAAGUUCCUGGGCACGAUCCUGUACCCCCUCUUAGCGGUUUGGAGGUUCAUUAGCAACUUUCUGUUUACGAGCCCACCCCCCUCGCAGCCUGCGGCAAGAGCAGCUCAUCAGCAAGACCAUUCAGCCCCCUCCACGUCCAGCAGCCUCGAGCAGAGCAGGCAAGCAGUGAGGAAACGAGCCGUGGAAAAGCGGGGGGAAGACUUCAAAAAAGAAGGCAAAAUAUACAGACUGAGGACUCAAGAUGAUGGAGAAGAUGAAAACAAUACUUGGAAUGGAAAUUCUACACAACAAAUGUAGUUUUGAGUAACUGCAGUUACUAUCUGGCUGCUUUUUUUUUUUUUUUUUCCUUUCUCUUAUUUGAUCUCAGUCAGCUAAAGGUUCUGGACAAGUGGGGCUCAUUUUACACUGACUGAAUUACUUAAUUCUUAUUCCUGCGGUGGAGUAUGGAAUGGAGUCACCUAUGUCAGAAAAAUCAAGUGAGUAUAGGUGAGACAAAGGAGUAAAAAGACUGAAAAACCUCUAUCAGCUUUCAUAAUUAUUACCCUCUGCCAUAGAAAGGCACUUUUUAAUCUAUAAAUAUUCUGCUACAUGAAUCUAAGGGCCAGAUAUAUUAAAUAUAAAGGUCAUGGUAGACAAAUGACUGAUUAAAAUGAGGGUUUCAGAAGCACUAUAAGUAGCAAAUCAGGUAACUAAUUUAUGUUUAACUUUUUUCUUGCUUCUGCAACUGCAAGCAAAACCUUGUAGUUUUUAAUUCCCUAAGCACUCAAUAAACUAUUUUCCAGAAAA